AUGGCCAAGGCAGGAAGCAUACUCAUCACCGGCGCCAACGGCGGUCUAGGCUCGUCUAUCGUCUCUCGUGUCGUCUCGUCCGGCCUGGGCAGUCGAUAUCACGGUAUCUACACGGUGCGUACCCCGAAAGGCGCCGAGCCAGUGCGAGCAUCGAUCGAAAAGUGCAAUCGGCGACGACCGCAGCACACAUACGACUUUGUAAAUCUCGAUCUGUCGUCACUGGACUCGACUCGCGCCUGCGCUCGAGACAUCAACGGGCGUGUCGCCGACGGCUCCCUGCCUCGCAUCCGCGCCUUGGUCCUCAACGCGGGUUACCAGGAGAGCACGACGCUAGAGUUCAGCGACGAUGGUUUCGACAUGACGUUCCAGGUCAAUUUUCUCUCCCACUUUCUGUUCACGCUCAUGGUCCUCCAGAGCAUGGACAAGGAAAAGGGGCGUGUGAUGGUUGUGGGAAGCUGGUCGCAUGACGACCCCAGGAAUAAGGUUGGUCCCGUAAGUGAGGCUUUCAAGGGGAUGGAUACUUUAUUCUCGACCACCGAAGCCCUUGCCCGCGGGACCUGGAGCACGCCGCAGGAAGAUCCGACUUUAUGUAGCGGAUUCCGAAGAUACGGAGCCUCCAAGCUGUGCGAACUCCUUUUCAUGCACGAACUGGCAGCUCGACUUGCCAAGGAUCCCGAGCUGUCCAACAUCACCAUCGCCGGCCUGGAUCCAGGCGCCAUGAGUACUGGCUUGUUGCGUCGUGGCUCUUGGUUCAUGACCACCAUCGGCGCUCCCCUCCUCAGGAUCGGCGCCGUCGCCACGACGUACUUCAGCCCCAAUGGUAUGUUCAGGACGACGGACAAGUCGGCAGCUGACGCACUGCGCGCGAGCUUUGACGUCGAGGGCGAGAAGGGCAAGGCGCUCUACUUCAACGGCAGCGAGUUGUGCGACACAAGCGCAGAGGCGAGGGACGAGGCCAAGAGGGGGAUGCUAUGGACGGAUAGUGUGGGAUACGCGCAGAUCAAAGCAGGGGAUACUGCCCUUGCGCACUGGCAAUGA